AUGCGUUUCACUUCAUCUAUUGCCACAGCUUGCACAGUUGCAUUUGCCCAUGCUGCAACUAUCCAAAACGAAAGGAGGGAUGCCGGCUUAGAGGUGACUCUCGCUCCUGGUGAGGGCUCUGCUGCUGAUGUCGUUGCCACGAUCAAAAAUGUUGGCGCUGAAAGUUUGAAUCUGUUGACCCUUGGCACAUUCUUGGAUAGUGCUCCGGUACAGAAGCUCGGUGUGGUCGAUGAAGCCAAUGAACCUGUAAAAUUCAUCGGUAUCUUCCGCACUAUCAAAUACUCGUCACUUCAUGAACAGUACUUCCAGCAUCUGGAAGCAGGAGCUACCUUCACAACCACCGUCAGCCCAGCCGCGGUCCAUGACCUAGGAACCGGUGUCUACACUUUCAGCGCGGAAGGUGCAAUGCCAUUUGCCCUCGGCAACUCCACCGAGCUCUCCGGCUCGGCUGUGUAUUUCAAAUCCAAUGACCUUACAAUGAAUGUCGAUGGAGCUGCCGUUGCUCAAAUCAAGAAGGCCAUUCCCACCAGGUCCCUCACUGAACGCACCGUCCUCCAGUCCGGAUGUACUUCUGCUCAAAAGUCGUCUACCACCAAUGCACUCACAAAAUGUGCCUCGAUGGCUAAAGCCGCAGCACAGGCAGCUUCUUCUGGAUCCGCCAGCAAGUUCAGCGAGUACUUCAAGACGACCUCAUCUUCAACUCGCUCAACUGUCGCUGCACGUCUGAAUGCCGUUGCAUCCCAAUGUGGCUCGCUCACUUCUGGGUCAACGAAAUACUACUGUGCCGACACAUACGGCUACUGUGAGCCCAACGUCCUGGCGUACACCAUCCCAUCCACCAACGAGAUCGUGAAUUGCCCCAUCUACUACAGCGCUCUCUCAUUGAUUACCAACACCUGCCACGACCAGGACCAGACUACCACAACACUCCACGAGAUGACCCAUGCCCCAGGAGCUUUUAGCCCAGGGACCGACGACUAUGCGUAUGGAUAUAGCGCUAGUAUUGCGCUUACAACCGCUAAGUCUGUUUUGAAUGCCGAUUCUUACGCUCUCUACGCCAAUGCCAUCAAUCUUGGUUGCUAA